AUGUCUACUGAUUACAAAAACAAUCCUGCUAUUGCAAAUUUUGUAGAAUAUCUGCAGAUACCUAGUGUCCAACCGAACAUAAAUUACGAUGAAUGCCUUAACUUCCUUAAAAAGCAGAGCGAAGAUCUCCAACUGGAAUAUAAAGUAUACGAAAUAGUACCACAGAAACCGAUUAUAGUGUUGACGUGGAUUGGACAGAGUCCCUCGCUUCCUGCGAUUUUGCUUAACUCGCAUAUGGACGUCGUACCUGUGUUCGAAAAUAGUUGGACCUACCCCCCGUUUAGUGGGCAUAUUGAUGAAAAUGGCAAAAUAUUCGCGCGAGGGUCGCAAGAUAUGAAAUGUGUCGGCAUCCAAUAUUUGGAAGCUGUGCGGAAAUUAAAAACCUCUGGGAUCCAAUUAAAAAGAACUCUACAUAUUAGUUUCGUUCCUGAUGAAGAAAUCGGAGGUCAUGAUGGUAUGGAAAAGUUUGUUCAAACUGACAGCUUCAAGGCUCUUAACAUUGGGUUUGCAUUAGAUGAAGGCAUGGCCAAUCCUGGUGAAGAGUUCAUCGUGUUUAAUGGAGAACGGAGCAUUUGGCAAAUACAUGUUAUAUGUACGGGACAACCAGGCCACGGAUCGCUUUUAUUACCAAACAAUUCUGGAGAAAAGAUUCGGUAUGUUAUUAAUAAAUUCAUGGACUUAAGAGACGAGCAGAAGAAAAUCUUGGAAAAUAAUCCCAAGUUUACCAUCGGAGAUGUGACUACGGUUAAUAUGACUCAGCUAUUUGGUGGUAUACAAUCUAAUGUUGUUCCGGAAAAACUCACCGUCGUCUUCGACUGUAGAUUGGCCGUUACUGUUAAUCACGAGGAAUUUGAAAAAACGGUACAACAAUGGUGUAAGGAAGCCGGUGAAGGAGUCACAUAUGAAUUUGAACAGAAAAAUCCGAAUGUUGAAUGUACUAAGACAGACAACAGUAAUCCUUUCUGGGUAGCUUUUAAAUCUGCUACAGAUAAAAUGAAUUUAAAAUUGGAUAUUAGAAUAUUUCCUGGAGGAACCGAUAGCCGAUAUGUCCGUCGUGUUGGUAUCCCUGCUAUAGGAUUCUCUCCCAUGAACUACACGCCCGUUCUGUUACACGAUCACAACGAAUAUCUCGAUGCAGAGAUUUAUUUGAAAGGCAUCGAUAUUUAUACUCAGCUGAUCUCUGCUAUUGCUAAUGUU